AUGCCUCAAGCUGUGCAGAAUGCCGCCAUGCCCUUUGUGCCCCCGCCAUCCCACUCCGAGGACGCGGUGACAUCGCCCACUGUCAGUAGGGACGGUUCUGCACUUGCACAAGAGGAGGAGGACAGGAAACAGUUGGAGAAGAUCACUCAACUUCGCAAGGAGCUAGAGAAAGAGCGUGAGCGAGAACGCAAAAAAAGGGAGGAACUCGAAACCUGGGGUUGCCCUUCUUGUACGUACCGGAAUGCAUUGGAUGUGAACCAAUGUGAAAUGUGUGAUUCGAAUCGUCCAGGGUACCUUCCCUCUCCUAAUGUUGCUCCACCACCUACAACGCGCAGUGAUGCGCCUUCGUCAUUCACCCCACAUCCAAAGGGUGCGACGGUGCCGUCAGAAUUGGCUGGACCAACGGCAUGGUUGUGUAGUAUUUGUUUGGCACCAAAUGAGGCGCAUCAUUCGCGUUGCAAAAUCUGCGGCAGUUACCAAAAAAACGGCACGCCUAUUAGCGAAUUUAAUGCAAACUCUACAGGCGUUACGGCAGGUGUUCCUAUGCCACCAUCGGCUUGGUUAUGUAGCAUUUGCGGCAAAAAGAACGCUGCCAAUGCGGCACGGUGUGUAGAUUGUAAGAGCUAUCAGAGCAACGGCACACCUGUGCUGGACCCGGGGCCCACACCACAAGCUGCAGCUGAGGCGGCUCCCACAACGUGGAAGUGUUCGGUGUGCACGUUGGAGAAUCCUGUUAGCAGUGCCGUGUGUGAGGCGUGCCAGAGUGGGCAGCGUCCGCGUCAUCUCGCCCCACCCAAAACUAAAGUAAGCGAAAAGAAGAAGUCGGGAACUGAGACGCGCGGCGCUCAGGUCGCGAAGACGUGGCCGUGUCCAACCUGUACAUACCAAAAUGCCGUCACAAAAGAGAAGUGUGAUAUGUGCAGCGGGGAGCGUCCUUUACAAUACAAGCCAUCGCCGCCACCGAGCACAAAGAGAGAAACUGGGGACGCCGGCGAUGAUAUUCAGUGGCAAGAGGAUGGCGUUGCACUGAACUGUAAUAGGUGCCACUUGCCGUUUAACUUCGCACGGCGCCGACACCAUUGCCGGGCAUGCGGUUUUGUGUUUUGCGAUGCGUGCUCCAACUUCCAAUUAGCAGUGAAAAAGAACGGCCCACUUGAGCGUGUGUGUGUGAGCUGCUACGAGGCUAACAAGAAGGAAUGA